AUGCUCUCCGAGUUCCUCAGUCAGCUGGUGGCGGAGUUUGUUGGUACCUUCUUGUUUGUGCUAACGAUCAUAUUGGCUUCCGUCGGAGUCGGCUCGCUCGCGCCUAUUCCGAUUGGCUUCAUGUUGGCGGCAAUGUGCUUCACGUUCGGCUAUAUCAGCGGUGCACACUUCAACCCCGCUAUCUCAUUUGCCAUCUUCAUCAACCGGAAAAUGACGCUACGUCAAACUGUGCUGUACGUUAUGAUGCAGCUCGGCGGCUCUUUCUGCGCCUCACUCUACGCAUCUGCAAUCAUUGGUCUAAAGAUCCCCGUACCGGUGCCAAAUGAAAAUCUGGCUGGCACCUGGCAAGCUCUGCUCUGCGAGCUUGUGUACACGUUCGCUCUCACCUCGGUGGUGCUGCACGUCUACUUCUCCCGUCAGCACUCCAAUGACUUUUACGGCUUCGCCAUUGGCAUGAUGCUCAUGGCGGCUGGCUUCUCAGUUGGCGGGUUCACCGGCGGUGCCUUCAACCCAGCCGUCGCCACAGGCACGCAACUGGUGCUGUGCUUAUACAAUAAUUGCGACCCACUUUUCUACGUCUGGGUGUACUGGAUCGCCCCGAUCGGUGGCGCCGUCAUCGCCAGCAUCGUCUAUCAGCUGCUGGAUGCUCACGAACGUGUACCAGUGGUGCUAAGCAAGGAGGCAGUGUAUUGA